CUCGUUAGGUUAGAGGGGCAUCUCUGUUUAUUUAGGGCUGUCACUGUCAACUUUGAGUGUCAUCAAAUUGUUGAAUCAUUAGACAAAAGAAGUUGAGUUGCCUUUAAACCUGACAUUUGACUAAACAUAUUAAGUCCACAAAUGAGUUCUUCUAGCCUUGGUAAUACGUUGCAGUUCCUGACACUAGUGGGUCGUCUUAAACAUAUCAAAAGAACAGGAUGGGUGUUACGUGGAAUAGAUCAACCAGAAAGUGUGGCUGGCCAUAUGUAUCGAAUGGCAAUUAUGACAUUUUUAGUUGAAGAGUCUCAUCAACUGAAAAAGUCAAGAUGCAUGGAACUGGCGUUGGUCCACGACUUAGCGGAAUGCAUCGUAGGAGAUAUCACUCCUUUUUGUGGUGUGUCGGCUGAGGAAAAACAUCGUAGAGAAAAGGAUGCGAUGUUAGAACUAUCGAAGCUUGUCGGCUCAUCUGGCAGUUACCUUCUACAGCUCUUUGAGGAGUACGAGUCCCAGUCUUCAGAAGAGGCGAAGUUUGUCAAAGACCUGGACAGGUUUGACAUGGUCUUACAAGCCUUUGAGUACGAGAAGUCUGCUAACAAACCUGUUGAUCUUCAAGAGUUCUUUGAUAGUGUGAAAGGUAAACUGAAACAUCCCAUGGUCACUUCUCUUGCAGAUGAACUUGAUAAACAGAGGAACAACUACUUGCAGUCAAACAAAGAAUAGAUGUAGUAAUAUGUUUGUCAAAAUAAAAGUAAUAAUUAAUCUUA